AGCAGUUCUCAUCAGCCGACGAUCAACACUUCGCCGAGGAAGAGUAUUUCCACAUGCCAAGUAUCUACAGUGACACGGUGAGAGGGAGGGGGAGGACCGGAGAUGAGCCGUGAGCAAUAGUUCACUGGAUGUGGGAUACGGAGUGGGAUAUGCAGCAGAACAAGAUCAGAUGGCAGAUAUACCAAGAAAGUGAGAGACACGUGGAAGAGGAGAGACUGUCGGCCACCGCUGCUGCGAGGAUAAACUGUGAAGAGUCGAAUUGUUGAUUGGAACGGACCAGCAGGCCAUAAUUUCAUUUAAUUAGUCCGCUGUUCUAUUUUGAGAGUUAAAAAAUUGUGACUUCAGAGCUUAGUUGAAGUAUUUCUGUAAUUUUUUUUACAUUUAUUUUUAUUUUUUGGUCUGUUUCUGGACCCCUGGACGUCAAGCCGAGCAGGACAGAUUGGGAUCCUCUCCAGCUCUGGUGGAGAAAUAGAUCGUUUUAAAUCAGGCAGAAACAUGAAGAUAUUAACUGGUUAUUUGCUUUGCUUUCUCGGGAUGAUAGAGUGGUUUUACCCUUAACAGAAGAGAAGAAGAGAAAGGAGCCUGAGGAAAGUCAUGCAACAAUUUGGCUAGUGAAAAAACAAAAAACCUGGAAGCUUUGGAAAAGAAGGAAAAAUAAAGAUCUGCUUUUAUCAAGAACACAUGAACAAAAGAAGUUGACGACUGAUACCAAGCUGUCACCAAACAGAGCUGUGCACCUCUGUGAGAGGGCUCAGCUGUGCAUGAGCCAGGCUUGUUGCGUGAAGCCCCCCUGGCUGCGUUUCACUGCGGCAUGAGCGUAGGAAGGGCCCACCACCACCACCGCAGCUUUCUGUCCUGUGAAGAAGAAGGAUUCAGACUCAGCACCAUGCCGGCCGUGGGCAGCUUUGGCAAUGGCAAGAUCCACACGAGACGCAAAGGCCACAGCCGGUUUGUCAACAAGACCGGCCAGUGCAACAUCCACUUCUCGAACAUGGACGAGAAGUCCCAGAGGUAUAUGUCGGACAUUUUCACCACUUGCGUGGACAUCCGCUGGCGGUACAUGUUCCUGCUGUUCAGCCUGGUGUUUGUGGUGUCCUGGCUGACGUUCGGCUUGGCCUUCUGGGUCAUCGGCCUCCUGCACGGCGACAUGGAGAAGAACAGGGGGGAUUUUGUUCCCUGCGUCACGCAGGUAAACACCUUCGUGACGGCCUUUUUGUUCUCCAUCGAGACCCAGACGACGAUCGGUUACGGAGCUCGCUGCGUGACGGAGGAAUGCCCAGCGGCUGUCUUCAUGGUGGUCUUUCAAUCCAUCAUGGGCUGCAUCAUCGACGCCUUCAUGAUUGGCGCCAUCAUGGCCAAGAUGGCGAGGCCAAAGAAGCGUGCCGAGACUCUGCUGUUCAGCCACAACGCGGUGAUCGCCAUGCGGGACGGGAAGCUGUGCCUCAUGUUCAGGGUUGCCAACCUGAGGAAGAGCCACAUUGUGGAGGCUCAUGUCCGGGCUCAGAUGGUGAAGCCCCGCUACACCGAGGAGGGUGAGUACAUCCCCCUGGAUCAACUCGACAUGAACGUUGGCUACGACAAAGGCACCGACCGCCUGUUUUUGGUCGCUCCCCUCACCGUCAUCCAUGAGAUCGACGAAGAGAGUCCCCUGUUUGGCAUCAGCAAGCAAGACCUGGAAAUGUCCGACUUCGAGAUUGUGAUCAUCCUGGAAGGACUGGUGGAGGCAACGGCCAUGACGACGCAAGCGCGAACCUCCUACUUGCCAUCUGAGAUCCUGUGGGGCCACCGCUUCGAACCCGUCAUCUUCGAGGAGAGGAGCCAGUACCGGAUCGAUUACGCCUACUUUCACAAAACCUUUGAGGUGCCGUCCACGCCCAGGUGCAGCGCCAAAGACAUGGAGGAGAGGAAAUUCCCAACGUCCGGCGCCAACUCCUUCUGCUACGAGAACGAGCUGGCCUUCAUCAGCAGGGACGAGGAUGGGGAUGGAGAUGGAGACCCCGAGACGGAAAAAGACAAAAGUUGUCCGUCGGAGCUAACCCCAGCGGACCGCAAUCAGCCAUCUUCUCGAAGAGAAUCCGCACUUUAACCUUUGUCUGCUGACAGAAGGUCUGUCAUGGCUGAAGUGGGUCGAUUUGUGAAUGUCGUCCUGCAGACACUGGGACACCGAUGAGGACGUCUUCGUAACGGUUUGAAGACCAGUGGUACGCCAUGCCUGCCACGCAAGGGAUACAUUCAAAACGUCACAGGAUGCACAACUCUUUCUUCCUUCUGAGAUGGUUCAUGAGCUUUAUUAGAUGCAAUUGGAAACUGUCCUACUGGCGAGGAUCUUAAAUCUGAAGUGCAUGAAAAUCAACAUGGUUUUAUACAUGGUUUUAUAUUGAACCAUGUAUUUUGAGAAAAACUUAACAGCUUCAACUGGACUACAUGCAGCUGCAAAAUGACAUGACUUUGCAGUGAAGCUGAUUAUUUACUAAGCCAAAUUUGUAGACUAUUUAAACAGAUUUUCAGCUCAGCAUCAUACCGUAACAACUGCAAGACUCAAAGUAAUGCCAGUAACUCACCUUGACAAAAGGGACAAAAACGUAAAUGACAAAUUAACUAGAAAAACUCCUUGCUAUAAGUUAAUACAGAUCUUAAAAUCACCUGCAGUCACAAACACACACUACCUUGAGUUUUUCCACAAUGUGUCACCGAAUCUCAAACUAAGUCCAGACCUAUUUCUAAUUAACAAUAACUUCUUUCAGCCUCUCCUUUGUGUUGUUUUAUCACAAAAUCACAGUUAAGCACAUUGAAGUUUGUGGUGUAUCAUGAUAAAAUGUGUACUUACUAAAAGAGUAACUGCUCAGAGCCAAAAUGCAACAAAUACCAAAUUGCUAAAAAUGUUUUCUUUUUGUUUGUUUUUUAAAAUGUUGUUUAGCUAGUAUAAUGCAGUUGUAGCAUCUUGUAGUUUUAAAAAAAUAUUAAUCAGGACAUGUCAUCCAACCAAAUGGCCGCCGGGGACCCUGAACUAGUCCAGCAAAGUGAAAGUCUGUGCCAAUAACGCUGACCUCUAACAUAGACGCUUCCAGGUUUCAGAAGAAUUACACAAGGGGCUCUUCUGCCGAGGAAUCACAGCACAGUUUGCUGCUGAAGACAAUUUCCCAGUAUGGGAGUCAGGRAAAUAUAGAAUAAGUUUUUUGUUAGUUUGUUUUACCUCUCUUCAUCUAUGAUUAUAGAGGCGAGGUGGAAUCUCGUUCAGCUAAUGCCCAAAAUGAAAAAAUAAAAACUACACAAAAACAAGGAGAAAUGUUAACACAAAAUG